AUGGCAAUUUUGAGAUCUCCGCCGCUCCGGCAGGUGCGACGCAGGUUGAACACCAUUCCCGAGGACGUUAGGGAGUCUCAGUAUGCCCGGUCGGAUCAGAAUAACCGGCAAGAGACACACCCAAAGCCACAAAGCCCGCCACAACUGAAGCUUCAGACAACCGGCCUAAGCAUCUCGUCCAGACGGAAUCGCAUUAUCUCUCCGCUGUCCGCUGGGUCAGUCUCCUCCUGCUCAGACACCGAAUGGCAGCAUCAAAUGCAAGGUCUGGACGAACUGUACGACGCCACAGAUAUCGAGUCGGGAGGUGAUGAGUCGACAAAUCCAGCCGAAAAGAAAAAAUACCUCAGUCUCACUAUUCCCCCACACUCGGUAGAGGGACCACACAAGAGCUCUCCAGUUCCACCAACGCCUCCGCCAAAGAUUCCAGUGUCGCCAGCAGCUUUGUCAAAGCUUGCACGUUCGGUCCCCGCUGUGCAUGCUCCUCCGUCGCUCGACGGGAGUGUAUCAUCUGAUCAGGUGUCGAGUGCCAGUGCUCCAGCAACCCCCGACCUACAGUCCGUUGCCGACAAUGAUUGGAACACCGAGGAAGUGCGCGUACAAUUGGAUUUGAACCUAGGGGGUAGUCAGAAUCCGGAUACCACUGACCCGAACACCGGUUCUGAUGCUCAGGAAAUCGAGAUAGCGAUUGAGGAUACCGACGAGGACUGGCGCCACUUCCUGGGGAGGUUUCCUGCAGUUCCCUCGAGAACUGCUCACAUGUCGACACUGUCUCUGAAUCUGGAUGCUGAGCCGGCCCGCGAACCAACUCCUGACUACUGUAUCAACCUCCCCGAAGAUGCGUUGGAUCUAUUGAGACAUAUUCACUUGGACGGGACGCCGGAACCAUGGUCGGAAACUUCCGAGACAAAUGAGGAGAUGUGGCAGAUUGAUCCUUCCCAGGACCACACUCCCAAUACUGAAGAUGCCACCCCCGCAUCAGCUUUGUCGGCGUAUAGCUUUACCAGUCUGAGCAUUCCUUCUCCGGGCGGCUUUUUUGCAGCACUGACCCCUCGCGCCCGCCAUACCUGGUCUUUUCCCAAGCCCGACAACCCUUCGUCAGCCACUGCGGAGGACUUCUACAAUCUACCUUUUGGGCGCGAUGACCAUGGUGGGAUUGUCGAGCAGGUUAUCGAAUAUUAUCAGCAGCCAACCGAAGAAGGCGAGUUGACGGCUGUACCGGCUAUAGAUGGACCUCCUACUGCCGUCCGGGUUCCCGCGGAGGUCACAUCGCCCGAGGGUCAACACAGUCCAUUGAGUCCAACAGCCGAUACUGUUGACGAGAUUCCCCGUGCUGCUGGUUUCAACACGAACGGUGAAUACGAUGAGCAUUACCACGAGGAGUUGCAACGAAAGGCGGAAGCAAGUCGCGAUCGAACGAGCGUCUGGCUGGCGGCACAAGCGUCCUAUCUUGCUGCCCUUAGUGAAACUAAUCCAGUCAAUUCACCGGUUAACGAGCGUCCGGCUCACGGCGUCGACGAUGGCAUUACUGGACAAGGGCCUUCCGAACAAAGUCGCCAGAAGUCUGUUCAUUUUGCCGAGACAAUUCCGGAACCGAUUAGUUCUCUUCCGUCGGCCACGGCGAGCAAAGAUUCAAUUUACUGGCGAGGGUUUCAGUAUUUGCGUCAUGCUUCUGGCCAGCUGGAGGCAUUUAAACAUCGCGACUUCCGCUUCGACGCUGUGCAGUCCAACCGAUUAGGUUUACCGAAGCUUCAUGCCAACCGCUUGUCGGGGAACUACGAACUGACUCGCCACGAACGACCUGCCUACAAGGGCCCUUUUUCCCAGGCUCCGCGCAAUUCGACGCUCAUGUCUAUUCUGACCGAGAAGGCUGACUUCUCCCUGCUCGAGAAAGAGCAGCUGGUGCUUGCUCAGGUCCGCCAGUCGCUCUGGGCCAUUGAUGCUCUCCGGUUUCUCAAUGGUGGUAGUUUGCUCACUAGUCCUGCUUCGCGACGGCUCACCAAAGCAACUGCUACGACGAAAAAUUCGAAGAUUGACAAACGUCAUCUGCGAAUCUUGGACCUGGGUGGCCAUGCUACAUGUGAAUGGGGGUGGUAUCUGGCGUGUGAUAACCCAGAUGUUUCAGUCUACACGGUCUUUACCGAACAGCAAAAGGUGAAUCGCGGUAUCAAAGGCCCUUCCAACCAUCGCCAAGUCUCUGUGUCGCAUCUCUGGAAAUUGCCAUUUGCCGAUAACAAGUUUGACGUGAUCUCAGCACGCUCUCUUCCCGCACUCCUUAAGACUGAAUGCCCGACUGGCGAGGAUAAGGAUGAAUACGACUUGUGUCUCCAGGAGUGCUAUCGCUGUCUCAAACCAGGUGGUUACCUUGAGUUCUUCACUAUGGAUGCGGAGUUAUCCCACGCUGCUCCCUACGCAUCUGCAACGUCGGUCGAAUUCGCAUUCAAUCUCAGAACUCGCGGUUAUGAUCCGAACCCAACGAAGAACUUCCUAUCCCGUCUUCGCAAGACAAAUCUGACGGGCGUCAGACGAGCCUGGAUGUUCCUACCCAUGGGAGUUGAGCCGGGCAAAUGUCAAGCACCGCGCGAGACCUCCGGACUGUGCAUCGAGGGGAGCCAACUCGACAGUUCCGAUCCGGCUGGAAGCACUGCCAACGUCGCCAGCCUGACCGGUCUGUUCGGCGGCUGGAUGUGGGAGCAAUGGCUUCUGAAGUUGCAGAUGGAGAUGGGACGUGAUGGGGAUCGGUUGUUGGAAGGUGUCGGGGAUAUCUUUUUCAAGACCCUCACAAACCAAACGGUGACCAUCGAGCUCAAAAACGACAUCCGCAUCCGCGGCACCCUCAAAUCCGUCGAUCAGUACCUGAACAUCAAGCUCGAUGAUGUCGAUGUCCUCGAUCUGGACAAGUAUCCGCAUCUGUCGUCGGUGAAGAAUAUGUUUAUUCGUGGGAGUGUGGUGCGCUAUAAAACAGACGCCCCCCCACAAGCGACGUCUCGCCAGCCAAGGAUUACCCAGUUUGCUUCGCCUACUGGAUCUAGCCCUAGAUCUACGAGUUCGAAACCGAAUAACAAGAGGAGUACAGGGAGUGUGAAUCGGGGUCGUACUCCCGUGGUGCGGAGGGAGAGUUCGGGUAUUGGGUCUGCGACGAAUGGGAGUUUGUUCUUGGAGGAUCGGAGACGUGCUACGGCAGGGAGGGGUGAUCAUGGACAGGACAGGCCGAGGUCGCGAUCGCAGACGCCAGAUGAUUUUUGGAAUGAACGGGACGAUGGUGCUGGAGAGGAGGAUGAGGAGAGGUAUAAUGAGAAUGGGUCUGCGGUGAAGAGGCUCAGGACGGGGAAUUCGUCGACGUUGUCUCUGGUUGAGGAUGAAGGGAAUGGGAAAGGUGAAGAUAAUGAGAAGAAGGCUGCUGGGGAUAGGUCCGAGUCGCGUUCGAAACCGAAACCGAAAGCGAAGACCAGCGGUCCGUUUAUCGACGAGUCGGAUAGCGAGGAGGACUUGGAUGCGUUCCGGGAGGUCGAUGUCGAGGAGACGGUGGCCAGUGCAACGGAUGAGCUGCAAUCGAAUACUGAUGGCCCAGAUCAGCGGACGCCCGAUAUACCACCAUUGGUAAGAGAAGCCACGAGCCAUAUCGACGAGGAAUAUGCGAGUUUUGACGAUCUAGGUGAAGGCGAGGAAGAAAACUUAGAGCCGUUGUCUCCGGCUGGGAAUGAGUAUGAAGAGGAGGCUGUUUGUCCUAUUUGUCAAGGUAGUCUGGUUGGAUUGAGCGAGAUGGACGUAUCGGUACACGUUAAUGAUUGCCUCGAUGGAAAGACAAAUCCUCCACCAGUAGAGCCAGCACCAGUACCACCCGACAAGUCGACUCGAACCGAAAAGGCUGCUAUAGCGCGACCGGCGCAAAGAGACCCGUACACUACAAAAAAAACAUCUUCGAAAACUGCAUUCUCCAAAUUAAUGGCCGGCAAUGCUGAAGACACAGCAUGGGCAACGGCCGCAGCAAACGAAGUGACUUCGCGCGGAAAACAAGCCUACCAACGAACCUGUCCGUUCUACAAGAUUAUACCAAACUUUUCCAUAUGCGUGGAUGCGUUUCGCUACGGUGCUGUCCAAGACUGCAAUGCCUACUUCCUCAGCCAUUACCACAGCGACCACUACGUGGGCCUUACAUCGUCCUGGCGCCAUGGCCCGAUCUAUUGUAGUAAAGUGACAGCAAAUCUAGUCCGGCAACAGCUUAAAGUUGAUCCGAAAUGGAUCGUACCGUUGCAGUUUGAGAAGACGACCGAAGUGCCUGGUACGGACGGUGCACACGUAACGUUAAUCGAAGCGAACCAUUGUCCUGGGAGUGCGCUGUUUCUUUUCGAGAAGAAGUUUGGACAGGGGCCUUCGUCGAGGUUACAGCGUGUUCUGCAUUGUGGUGAUUUUCGAGCAUGUCCUGCGCAUGUCCAGCAUCCACUUCUUUGCCCAGAUAUUGUGGAUUCGAAUACUGGUCAGCAUCGGGUUCAGAAGAUCGACGUUUGCUAUCUGGACACGACCUAUAUGAGUCCAAAGUAUGCGUUCCCAAGCCAGACCGACGUGAUCCAGGCAUGUGCGGAUUUGUGUGUUCAAUUGGACCAAGACGCGGGUGUUCUGCCGCAGAACAGCGGGAGUAAGGGUAGUACGAUGAGCCAGUUUGUAACUGCAGUGACUGGCGGCAAUGUAGAAAAGUCGCGAUCGCAGAAAGGACGACUGCUGGUGGUGAUGGGAACAUACAGCAUCGGCAAAGAACGAAUCUGUCUAGGCAUUGCGCGCGCCCUCCAAUGCAAAAUCUACGCGACAUCAGCCAAGCAACGAGUUUGUGCCUGUUUGGAAGACCAAGAACUUGAUGCUCUUUUAACCGACGACCCCCUCGAAGCCCAGAUCCACAUGCAAACGAUUUUCGAAAUCCGCUCCGAGACAUUGGCGGACUACUUGGCGUCGAUGAAACCACAUUUUUCGCGGGUUGUGGGAUUUCGACCGACGGGCUGGUCGUAUCGGCCUCCAUCCGGCAGGAUGCUGGAUAAUCCCCCGGUGGAGACCGUAUUACACUCCGCGCAGUGGAGGACGGGGUUCUCGGCAAGGGAUCUGGUACCUCAGCGCGGCAGUACGCGUGAGAGUGCGUGUUAUGGGGUACCGUAUAGCGAGCAUAGUUCGUUCCGGGAGUUGACGGCUUUUUGUUGUGCGCUGCGGAUCGGGCGGGUGAUUCCCACGGUGAAUGUGGGAAGCCAGAAGAGCCGGGAGAAUAUGAAAGGGUGGAUUGAGCGAUGGGAGGGAGAGAAGAGGCGAAACGGGCUGUUUAACAAAAUGAUCACCGAUUUGAUCUCGCCUUACGGCGGCUACGCAUUGCUGGCUCUGCUGGCCGCGUACUUUGUCAUUCCUUACUUGCAGCGAUGGCGCUUGAGCGAUAUCCCCAGCGCUGGUUUCGCUGCCUGGACCAAUCUCUGGUUGCUGCUCCAGACUCGCAAUGGACGUCGCUUCCUGGCUGUGCACGAUGCUCAUAUGACCAAGGGGAAGAUGGUUCGCAUUGCUCCCAACCACACUUCCAUUGCGGACGAUGCUGCUAUCCCGGCUAUCUACGGUCACGGUAACGGUUUUCUCAAGUCAGACUUCUACGACGCCUUCGUCUCCAUCCGUCGCGGUCUGUUCAACACCCGUGACCGUGCGGAACACUCGCGUAAGCGUAAGACUGUCUCGCACACCUUUAGUGCCAAGUCCGUCGGUCAGUUCGAGCAGUACAUCCACGUCAACGCUGAGAUCUUCGUCAACCAAUGGAACCGCCUUUGCGAACUCCAGCGCAACCCCAAGACCGGCUAUGCCACCAUUGACGCUCUUAACUGGUUCAACUACCUGGCCUUUGACAUCAUCGGUGACCUGGCCUUCGGUGCUCCCUUCGGUAUGCUCGAGAAGGGCAAGGAUAUUGCUGAGAUGCGCAAGACCGCCGACGCCCCCCCUGAGUAUGUGCAAGCUGUUGAGGUUCUGAAUCGCCGUGGUGAAGUUUCUGCUACCCUUGGUACCAUGCCCGCCAUCAUCCCCUUCGCCAAGUACAUCCCCGACAAGUUCUUCAAGGAGGGUCUUGAGGCUGUUUCCAACUUGGCUGGUAUUGCGGUUGCGCGUGUCAAUGAACGUACCAAGCCUGAGGUCAUGGCCAACAACACCCGUGUCGAUCUGCUCGCUCGUCUCAUGGAAGGCAAGGACAACACCGGUAACAGACUUGGUCACGAGGAGUUAACUGCUGAGGCUUUGACUCAAUUGAUUGCUGGCUCAGACACCACUUCCAACACUCUCUGCGCUAUUCUGUACUGGUGUCUGCGCACUCCUGGUGUCAUCCCCAAGUUGCAGAAGGAACUCGACGCUACCAUCCCUAAGGAUGUUGAGAUUGCUACCCACGCCAUGGUUAAGGACAUCCCUUACCUCCAAUGGGUCAUCUGGGAAACCAUGCGUAUCCACAGCACCUCCGCCAUGGGUCUCCCCCGCCAGAUCCCUCCCAACGGCAGCCCCGUCACCAUCUCCGGCCACGUUUUCUACCCCGGCGACGUCGUCUCCGUCCCCAGCUACACCAUUCACCGCCACCCCGAAAUCUGGGGCCCCGAAGCCGACAAGUUCAUUCCCGAACGCUGGGACCCCCAGCGCCUCACCUCCCGCCAGAAGGCUGCGUUCAUCCCCUUCAGCACUGGUCCCCGUGCCUGCGUUGGUCGUAACCUUGCUGAGAUGGAGCUCCUGCUCACAGUUAGCACUGUUUUCCGGCUGUUCGAGUUCGAGUUGCAACAGGACCACCCUAUGGAGACCAGAGAAGGUUUCUUGCGGAAGCCUCUCGGGUUGCAGGUUGGGUUGAAGAAGCGUGUUGUUUAG